AUGAAAAACGUGAGUAGAUUUCUGACUCCCACUAAUAUCUCCCUGGCAAAUUCAGCAUCUGCUGGAACAGACUUGAUUUACAAAUCCGUAGAGUACAAGGCUGCCUCAGUGCUGCUGGUAUUGGCCAUUUGUGGAACUGGAAUCAUCGGGAAUAUUAUGGUGGUCCUGGUGGUUCUGACUGCCAGACACAUGAGAACCCCAACCAACUGUUACCUAGUCAGUCUCGCUGUGGCUGAUCUGAUGGUCCUGGUGGCUGCAGGGUUACCCAAUAUUUCUGACAGUCUGAUCGAGGAAUGGAUCUAUGGCCAUGCAGGCUGCCUGGGUAUUACCUACCUACAAUACUUGGGCAUUAAUGCAUCAUCAUGUUCCAUCACAGCAUUCACUGUGGAAAGAUACAUCGCCAUCUGCCAUCCAAUAAAAGCCCAGUCCAUGUGCACUGUCUCCAGAGCUAAGAAAAUCCUAGCAUUUCUAUGGGUAAUUACCUCCUUCUAUUGCAUGUUGUGGUUUUUCUUGGUGGAUAUCAACAUCAAUAGCAGGCAGAAUGCUGAGUGCGGCUACAAAGUCUCCAGGAAUCUAUACUUGCCCAUCUACUUCAUUGAUUUUACCAUCUUCUAUGUGAUUCCCCUGAUUGUGGCCACAGUGCUGUAUGGUCUGAUUGGGCGGGUCCUUUUCCUCAGUCCAAUUCCAGCCCAAGUUGAGACAGGAACGGAGCAUUGGAAGGAGCGCCCUGGGACAGAAAGUAACUGUCCACAGUCUUCCAGCCGGACAAACAAGGGGGCCAUCUCAUCCAGGAAACAGGUCACUAAGAUGCUGGCAGUGGUGGUUAUUCUGUUUGCUUUACUCUGGAUGCCUUACAGAACAAUAGUAGUGGUCAAUUCCUUCAUAGACAAACAAUAUGAGAAUGCCUGGUUCCUUUUAUUCUGCAGACUGUGUGUGUAUGCCAACAGUGCUAUCAAUCCUGUAAUUUAUAAUCUAAUGUCCCAGAAAUUCAGAUCUGCUUUCAAAAGACUGUGUAAUUGUAGCCAGGAUGAUACUCAGAAGCGUCCCAUGUACACAACUCCUCUUAACUACAGCGUGGUGCGGGCUCCAAUCACCAGGAGCCCUGAAGUUAAUGGCAAGCAACAAGGUGAAAAGCAGACUCUGCAGGAGGAAGCCACCAACAUUAAAAUGGAAGAAAGUAAAUCCACGGCAAAAGGCCAGAUGUACUUUAGUGUUGUUUAAAAUAAGAUCUUUAUUUAAGAUGGUUUGAAUCAAAGUAGAACAGUAAAAUAGAGAAACUUUCUCUGGCUAUCAAUCGAGGAGUACAUAGAAUAUUUAGACAACAUAAGUAAUGCCCAUGAAAGCAUAUUCAGCAUACCACUGGGACUGUUCUCCUUAAUUACAAAUCAUCCGACACAAUUUCCAUUCCUGAGUGGUAUUGCAGUGCUCUGCUGAAGCCAUAACAACCUUGGCCCUGAAAAUCUGCAACCCUUUGUUUCCAGUAUCGGCCAAUGGGAACCCUCUGCUCCUGAUCCUGCUAGUCAUUCUGGGCUCCUAUUAAAAUAUCUUGUCAGGUAUCUGAGCCAUUAGGGGCACAUCUCAGGACUGUAUAAGUUGGUGAAGGUAAUAAUUCCAGUGGAAGCCCGCUGCUUUCAGAAUAGGAGGGAGUGCUGCCCAAAAACAGGUAUAUGUUCCCAAUGAACUCCUUUAAGAAAGGGGCUAACUCAAAAAACUGGUUCUGAUUCUCUGGGAGUCCAGGUUGCAUCCAUUUUCCUGUUGGUCAAUUCCACUGUCCUGUAAGCUCUUACACAUCUUCCUACUCGGUGCUCUGGCUCGCUGGAGGAUUAUCAGGCCAGGAUGGAGGAUAUCCAAACUUGAAAGUCCCCCAUGCCUGGUUACACCUCCUUUGAUGCAGGCAGUAGCUUUGACCCAGGCGGGCCCAGUGAAAUGUGUGGGAUGGGCCUGGACACAGGGUUUUUG